AGAUUGAACUUACUCAAGGCUGUAAACAAACUGCCUUUCCAAAGGCACAAAAAAAAAGAAUAUAGCGAAUAUUCCUUUUUUUUCAAAUUUUUAUCCUUUUUUAUUCCACAUAUUUAAAUUAGAAUAAGAUAACGCCGACGGAUUUAAUGCAUUUGGAAAUUCUGUCAGCUUUGACUAUCGUGGAAAUUCCUUAAUAAAAAAGGAUAAAAUACGUGCAUAACUUCGAUAUAUUCAAGUUUAAUCUAAGCUUUUUAGAAAUAUUGACUAUUAGACAGUCAUUAUCAUCUUAACAUACACGUCGACUCUGUAUAGCGACUGAUCCGGUGAUUUUUUGGUAUUCAUGACUAGAAAGGAGCAGUUAGACGCAUCUUUACGGCGUACUUUAUCGGAAACAGUUGCGCAUAUCCCUUUGGAAAAGUUUGCGCAAUGCUUUCCAACAUUCAAAAAGGGCAAAGCAAUUGCAGCAAUGCAUCAGCAACUUGUCAGCUUCUUUGAGGAUACGUGUAAGCAAGAAUACGCUAAGUUGAUUGAGGAACGAGGAUUGAAUCAAAAACUUGACUUUCUGGAUGAAUGUAUAAAGGAAGCUAUGGAACGGAAAGAGUCUGGAGAGCCACCAAUUGAUAUUGAAAGCAAACAGCCUCAAGAAAUUCUUAAGGCUCACCUCUAUACGCACAAGCAAAACCUAAAAAACAAAUUACAGGAAGAUAUUAACGAGUUGGAGCUUGAAAAUCAAAGUCUGUCUGGAAAAAUCAAAGAGGAUGAGCGUAAAACGCAAGAAUAUGUGCAUGAAGCUCAGCAGAUUCUUUUACAAUUGGAAACUACGGUGAAAAACAUGGAUGACAGGGGUAUUUCAAAAAAUGUGCUCACAAAUUUGGAGUCUCUUUUGUCAUUUAUUUAUAAGCCAGAUGAAUUACAGGCGACAGAUGAAAAAACUACUAGUUGAACCAAAACGUUGGACAUUUACUUAUCUCUUUUAAAUUCCCCAAUCUUAUUGAUUUGAUAAUGAGUGUAACGGCGUUUGUCCUUUUCACAGAGCGUUCAACCUCAUUCUCAUAGCAAUGAUUAUGAUGUCCCUGUGUGUUACCGAAAUCCAUACUAAUUAAUUUAAGCGAAUGGAUUCCAGCGAAGGAAGUCUAGGUAAGGUUAGUAUAAAUGUCGUUUGCCAAAAUAACUUUGCGAACUUACGAGAACUACAGCGAUAUCCGUCAGGGUUCUUGUCGAGGUAUUGUUGAUGAUAUUCUUCAGCAUCCCACCACUUCCCUGAAGGAACAAUUUGGGUUACAAUUUUCUUUUCAGGAAAAUGCUUCUCUUGCACCUCAUUCAACACCUUCUUUGCGACGCCUUCUUGUUCAGGAGCAGUAGUAAAAAUCACAGAGCGGUACUGGGUUCCAACAUCAUUGCCUUGUCUAUCAACGGUAGUUGGGUCGUGCAUGGCGAAGAAAAACUCAACGAUUUUCUCGUAGGAGGUCAAGUUCUCAUCAAAAUCAACCUUCAGUGCUUCAGCAUGGCCAGUGCUAUUUGUGCAAACUUGUUUAUAUGUAGGAUGAUCAGUCAUGCCUCCAAUAUAUCCGACAGAAGUUUUCAGAAUGGCAGCUGCAGGUACAUACUUUCUCAAAAACACUUCUUGAACACCCCAAAAGCAUCCUGCGGCAAAAAUUGCGGUCUUCAUUUUUAUUUAACCUGUUAUUUCUUGUGUUAUUAUAUAUGUAAUAGUAUGCUAAAUAUAAGGAAGUUUAUAAGUAGAAGGGUGGAAGUGAAUGUUGGUGACCGCCAAUACCUAUUGGGUAUGAUGAUGAAUUGAUUAUUAAUAGUGAAAAAUACGAUGGUCUCGUACUGUAUAAAUAAAAAGCCAUUAAUUCAAGUUUUGU